AUGCUGGUGACCUGUUUGGAAGCCAGCUGGGACCUUUGCGAGACGGAUGGACGUGCUACUGCACUAAGUAGCGCUAUCCCAUACUGGAGAAUAAGAAUUGAAGAACGUAUCGCAAAGGUUAGGGCCCUCAUCGGCAGACUGAUAUGCUUCAGGUCAGGCAAUUAUAGGCCAAGGAUUGUGCGCACCGUUAGGAUGGCAUUUGCUGGGACAAAUGUUAGUUUGCCCCAGCCGGAUAUAAUGCAAAAACUGACGGAGUAUAUAGACGACCUGAAGCAGAGAAUUGCUGCUUGGGGAAUGCGAAUUGGGCAAUAUACCGAGCGGUCGACACGGUUCAACCAGAAUCGUCUCUUUGAGAGUGAUCAGAAGAGGCCUUUAUAA